AUGGCGGCGGUCGCGGUGACCACAUUCUCCCCAUUAGGGCGGGCAGAAGGCGCAUAUCCAUGGACAUCAACCCAGCAAUCGACGACGACUGGUUGGGCUGAGGAAGAUGUGCGCAUCCGCUUGCGCAUGAUCGCCCGCGCCUGGGAAUCCGCUUCACACAAUGCUCAGGUACGACCCGAGACUUUUUCGUCUGCCGUCAUGGUUUUCUCCAAUUCCUAUCUACUCUGGAAUUUUGUGCGCGCCGGCGCCGUUCCAGCCUGGACGCCUCAGCGCUCGUCCCCAAGUCUAACGGCUUACCGUUCGCUGCCAUGGCUGGUCCGGAAAGCUGUUGGACGGGAGUCGGGGAUGAACGACUGA